CUCACUUUUUGCGUGUGUGCAUUGCGUUGUGCGUGUGCGUGCAUGUUUGCUACCUCUUCCCUCCCGCAGCAGUGCCGCUGUGUGUUCCUUCUUUCUCUCUCUCUACUCUCAUGUCGCCAUUAGUAUCUUUGGGUUGACGUUACGACCCAGUCCAACCCCCAUAUGCGCAUUUAAUCUUGCUACGGAAGACAAUUCGGCCAGCAAAGAGACUGGACUGGCCAGUGUCGACCCGACGUUCCAACUCGACGGCACGGCCAUCAGGCCAUUGUACAACGUCCCUACAUCAUGAGCAACAUGGCGCAGCCCAGCAGCCGACGCGGCUCUCUGGCAGAGACGGCACCGCUGCUCCACGGCCAGGAUACUCCCCCUCCCGCCCAGACCGCACCGCCCGACCUGCCCAUCACCGAGGUCGAGCUCAAGGAAGCAGACAACAGCUGGAAGGCCGAGCUCUGGCUGCUGACGAGCUAUUCGGUGCCCCUCAUCGGGACGUACCUCCUGCAGUACUCGUUCUUUGUCGUGACCAUCUUUGUGGCCGGCCACCUGGGCUCCGACGAGCUGGCCUCGGCCGCGCUCGGGCUCACGACCAUGAACAUUGUCGGCUUCGCGACGUACGAGGGCAUGGCCACCGCCCUCGACACCUUCUGCGCCCAGGCCUACGGCUCCGGCAACCACAAGGGCGUCGGCCUGCACGUCCAGCGCAUGCUCUUCCUCAUGGGCCUCGCCCUGGUCCCCAUCAGCGCCGUCUGGGCGUUAUCCCCCUGGCUCCUGGCGCCGUUUGUCAAGCAGGAGCACCUCGCCCUCCAGGCGGGCGCCUUCCUGCGCAUCAGCAUCAUCGGCCUCCCCGGCUACGCCUCGUUCGAGGCCCUCAAGCGCUUCCUCCAGGCCCAGGGCAGCUUCCACGCCGCCCUCGUCGUCCUGCUCGUCUGCGCGCCCCUCAACGCCGUCCUGAGCUGGCUGCUCGCCUUCCACGCGGGGCUCGGGCUCGAGGGCGCCGCCCUCGGUCAGGCCCUCACCAACUGCCUCCGCUCCUUGUUCCUCGUCGCCUACAUCGUGUCCCCCUGGGGCGCGUGGUCCCACGGCUGCUGGGGCGGCUUCUCGCGCGACGCCCUCACCAACCUGGGGCCCAUGAUCCGCCUGUCGGUCGCGGGCUCGCUCGUCAACGUCGGCGAGUGGGCCGCCUUUGAGAUUGUCAACAUCAGCGCCUCGUACCUGUCCACCGACCACCUCGCCGCGCAGUCCAUCCUGUGCACAAUCUCCAUCAUCAGCUGGCACGUCCCGUUCAGCGUCAGCGUCGCCGUGAGCACCCGCAUAGGCCACGCCAUCGGCGCCGGGCUCGUGGGGGUGGCCCGCCGCGCCUCGGUCCUCUACGCGGCCGUGUUCGUCGCGCUGGGCCUCGCCAACGGCCUCGUCAUCUUCUCCCUCCGGCGGCCCCUCGCUGAGUUCUUCUCGGACGACCCCCACGUCCGCGACAUUGCCAGCCGCACCAUGCUCUCCGUCGCCGCCUUCCAGCUCAUCGACGCCGUCAUCAACUGCACAAACGGCCUGCUCCGGGGUCUCGGCAGGCAGCAGUUCGCCGCGGGCGUCGUCUUCGCCGUCAACUACCUCGGCGCCGUGCCCUUGGCCCUGUGGCUCGAGCUCGGCAGCGGAAACACCACUAUCGGCCCCCGCCUCGAGCUCAGCGGCGCCUGGAUCGGGCUCGGCUGCGGCAUGUGCCUGACCGCCGUCGUCGAGACCGUCUACUUGAAGACCAUGAACUGGCAGGCUUGCGUCGAGAGUGCGAAGCGGAGAGAAGGUGUCGAGGGCUGGUGAUUGGUUUUGCCUUUUCCUUUUUUUGUGGUUGUCAUAAGGUCCCUGCUUCUUUGGAUAUAAAAGGUGGGAAGAGAGAAAGAGAGAGCGCGGCAAAUGAUAAGAUGAGUUACUGAAGCUGCCGCAUUCUAGACGAGUAGCCGUACGAGGCUCCAAUCGUACUUAGACAAUAGGAAACCCUCCAGACACGCCGCUCCGCCAACGUGACUGCAAGCUUUCUGUGUGACGUGCAGGUUUCGUCUUUACGAGGCCCCCCCCC